AUGGCUACAGUUACAUCUCAAGAUAAUUUGUUACCUCAGGAGGACCUGGAAGAUCUCAAAGAAUUAAUAUCUACUCAGAAUCUCCCAACAGCAGUAAACACGAUCAAAGGAUUCCUUGAAAAACAGGAUCAUGUAGAACUUAACGUUGGUGUGACGGGGGAGUCCGGUUCUGGAAAAUCCACGUUUGUCAAUGCAUUCAGGGGUUUAGGGGAUGAAGAAGAGGGCUCUGCUCAAACUGGCCCUGUAGAAACCACUAUGGAGCCUGAAGCUUACCUUCACCCAAAAUACAAAAAUGUGAAAGUGUGGGAUCUUCCUGGCAUUGGAACACCAAACUUCAAAGCCGAUGAGUACCUUAAACUGGUUGAGUUUGAACGCUAUGAUUUUUUCAUCAUCAUCGCUUCAGAUCGGUUCAGAGAAUGCCACACUCAGCUGGCCGAAGAGAUCAUGAGAAUGGGGAAAACGUUUUAUUUUGUUCGUUCCAAGAUUGACUCAAGCAUUGAUGCUGAGAAGAGGAAGAAGAGCUUUGACCAGAAAAGGACACUGGAUACCAUCCGAGAGGAUUGUGAAAAUGGUCUGAGAAAGAUCGGUAUAGAGGAUCCUGUUGUGUUUUUGAUCUCUAGCUUUGAGCUCGGCAAGUAUGAUUUAAACUUGCUGCAGGAGAGAAUGGAGCAAGAGCUUCCACAGCAUAAGAGACGUGUGCUGAUGUUGGCUUUGCCGAAUAUCACACUCGAGAUCAAUGAGACAAAGAAGAAAGCUCUAGAGGAAAACAUUGGAAAAGUUGCCUUACUGUCUGCUUUGGUGGCUACAGUUCCUAUUCCUGGUCUUUCGGUCGCUGUAGAUACAGCUCUCAUAGCAAAAGAGCUGAGAAAGUACUACAGUGCAUUUGGCCUGGAUGAUCCAUCCCUUCAGAAGCUCUGUAGAACAUCUGGGAGGACCAUAGAGGAACUGAAGAGGCUGAUGAAGUCUCCUUUUCAUCAGGGGAUAACUACAAGCUUAAUAUUAACCUUGCUGAGUGCUUCAUCUCUUCUUGCAUCAAAAGGUGGUGUUAAGAUGUUGGUGAGCUUCAUACCCAUUAUUGGCUCUCUGGUGGCAGGAGGAAUGUCUUUUCUGGCCGUCUCAAGUAUGCUAAAGAAAGCUCUGAAUGGCAUCGCUGAUGAUGCUAGGAAUGUGCUGAUGGCGUCACUGGAGACUGAAGCGUAAAUGUAAGAUUGACAAGAAUAUUCAACAGCAUUUAUAGUUAAUUGCUUCUGGGAUAUUUAUAGACAAAAGCAUU